UACUCCGCUCUACAAAGUUUGGCGAGCCAUAUCCUUCUGCAAUCAAACAGCAAAGAUCUAACAUCGUUUCGCUCAGCAUAAUUUCCAUAUUUUACAGACACAAAAAAAGGAACAGAAGGAACUAAUAUCCAGAGGCCAUAGGCAUAUGCUGGUAGCCCCAUUAUCUCCUUUUCUUUAGGUGGUCAAGCAUAACCAAAUAUGGAAGGCACCCCGGUUGAAAUUUUCAAAGAAGACAAGUGCCUCACGGCGCUCGUCGAAGACUGUUAUAUGAAUGCUACUUCGCAGUCUGGAUACCCAGAAGGUCACAAUCUGACUUUUGACUCUGACUGGGAAGAGGAUCCCAUGUCCCCAAUCAUCCCCAUCAUCACAGCUGUGUACUCCGUGGUGUUCGUGGUGGGCCUGGUGGGCAACUGCCUCGUCAUGUACGUUAUCAUCAGGUAUACAAAGAUGAAGACAGCCACCAACAUUUACAUCUUCAACCUGGCUCUGGCCGACGCCCUGGUCACCACGACGAUGCCUUUCCAGAGUACUGACUACCUGUUGAACUCGUGGCCGUUUGGCGAGGUGGUGUGUAAGGUGUUCAUCUCCAUCGACUACUACAACAUGUUUACCAGCAUCUUCACCCUGACCAUGAUGAGUGUGGACCGCUAUGUCGCCGUCUGCCACCCGGUCAAGGCCCUGGACUUCCGGACGCCGAUCAAAGCCAAGAUCAUCAACAUAUGUAUCUGGAUGCUGUCCUCUGCAGCAGGGGUACCAGCACUGUUACUGGGUGGCACCCAGUCCAACAAUGGAACCACGGAGUGUGCCUUGCAGUUCCCGGAACCGUACGUGUACUGGGACACCUUGAUGAAGGUCUGUGUGUUUGUGUUUGCCUUCGUGGUGCCUGUGCUCAUCAUCACCGUGUGUUACACCCUCAUGGUGCUGCGACUCAAGAGCGUGCGUCUCCUCUCGGGCUCCCGGGAAAAGGACCGGCAGCUGCGGCGCAUCACCCGCCUGGUCAUGGUGGUGGUCGUGGUGUUCGUAGUGUGCUGGACGCCCAUCCACAUCUUCAUCCUGGUCAAGGCGCUGGUGAGCGUGCCCGAGACCACCGCCGUCAUGGCCGCCUACUUCUUCUGCGUGGCGCUGGGCUACACCAACAGCAGCCUCAACCCCGUCCUCUAUGCCUUCCUGGAUGAGAACUUCAAGAGGUGCUUCAAGGACUUCUGCCUGCCUAAAAAGCUGAAGGGGGACAAUUCCUCAGGGAAGAACAACAGGAGCACCGUGAGGGGAGGAAGGGAGGCCCCACUUCCACUGGAGAACCCAGAUGGGACUAGAAAGCCGGCAUGACUAGCCAUGGAGAUGUCUUCCAUUUCCCGCGUUGGAAAGGAAGACUCCAAUGAUCUGGGCCUAACCCAGGUGACAUCAGGAAUGUAAGCACACACAACAAUGCUAAUUUAGAUGACUGGUGUUCGUUCCAUUUGUUUUACUGUUAGGCCCAAAUCAAUGGUCCGAUUCCUCACACUUAGAAAAGGAUAUAUCAUUAUUCUUUGAUGUCAAAUUUAUUUGCACACAUCAAGAGGGGGAAAAAAACAUUCCACAUGCCAACUAUAGGACACACUUGAAAAUGAUAAGAACCUAUAUUAUCUCAGUUUUACUGUGUUCCUUCAUAGUUACUUGUUAUGCUGACUCUGCAUCUGCACAGUUCUAAUUGGAUUGCAAGAUGCAACAUCCUCCUUCUAGCCUCUGCCAUUCAAUGAAAUAGAUAUCCUUGACAAAACAUCAAUAAUGAUUGGGGAAGCGCUUUAAAGGGGCAACCUGGGAUUGGCACAGCCAUCUAUUUUUGCCAUAUCUGUCUCUACCAACCAAUGUGUAUGUGGUGCAGAGAUCUAUUACCUCCUUUUGGAGUCGGGCACCCUUAUGGGUUGCAGGUAGAACAAUGCAGUUAACCCACUGUUCCUAGGCCGUCAUUGAUAAUAAGAAAAAAAAUGUCAUGAUAACACAAAAACCUUAGUAUUUUUCAAGUCAAAACCAAUUUGAUUUGUCACAUGCGCCAAAUACAACAGGUGUAGGUAGACCUUACAGUGAAAUGCUUACGUACAAGCCCUUAAUCA